AUGACUAUUGAGCCCACGGUGGCCGACGCCGAUCAUGCGAUCUGCAGCUCCAGCGCCUCCGUGGGCCGCCACGACGUGCUCCUGGCGUCUGCCCUCUUCGUCGUGCUCGUGGCGGCCCUGCUUGGGUCGGCCAUGGCCUACACCGACGUGGAAGAGUUCUGCGAGGACAGCAAGUGGGAUUCGACCCAGCCGGCCUUCGCCUCGUUCAACGCCUUCUGGGCCGAGCGCGCCCAGUUCCUCGAGUUCAGGGACUACUUCCUCCAGAUCACGUCCAGCGUCGAUCUGGGCAACACCACGGUCGAGGCCGGCAUCAUCGACCUGCUCAACGCCAAGCUCACCCAGAAGGGCUUCGACAACACGGUCCUCAGCUUCACCAUCACCCGCUCCAACGGCGACAUCACCAUUGACUCCCAGCUCGGCGUCAACCCCGUCAUCGACAACCAUGGUGGCCGUUACUCCCUCGGCAAGCCCAUGCUCUGCCGCGACUUCCACACCGUUGUGUUCGACUACACUUAUGUGACUCGCACCGGCCUUCAGUACCGUUUCUGGUCGCAGGCCGUGCAGACCUCCGUUCAGAAGCAGUUCUUCGCCUUCAGGUGGAACAUCCCCGUUCAGUAG